AUGCAGUCGACCCCAUCCUUUCCUGCACCACCUUCAUCCGGUCCCCGAAAACGCUCAAUUCACGAGGUUGAUGAUACCAACCUGCCCUCACCAAAUGCGAAGCGACCAUUGACUGAGUUCGCCGGCGAAAACCAAGAAAAUCGCGAUCCAUCCAUCCCCUCCCAACCUGACGACACUACUCCCCCGCCAGUUGAAAUCAAGCGUAAUCUUCCACCUCCCCCCUCGGUCGAAAUCGUGAUGAGACGGACAUCACGAAAACAAAAUGAAGCUGGUGCCGGGGGAUUGACUUCCCCAGGUACCAACACUGCUUCUAAUCCCGAGCCUGAUGCCCCGGCCUCUAAGAAACGCAAGGUAGUCUCUGCUGGCACAGAUUCCAAGCAACAAGAAAAGGAAGCCAAGGAGCGCCAGAAGGCGGAGGAGAAGGCGAAGAAGGAGGAGGAGAGGCUGAAGAAAGAAGAAGAAAAAGCGAAGAAGGAAGAAGAGAAGCGUCUCAAGGCGGAGGAAAAGAAGAAGCGCGAUGCUGAGCGCGAUGAAGAGAAACGUCACAGAGAGGAAGAAAAGCGCAAAAAGGACGCUCAACGUGAAGAAGAGCGCAAGCAGCGAGAUGAAAAGAAAAAGGCAAAGGAGGACGAAAAAGCUGCCAGAGAAGAAGAGAAGCGCAAAAAGGAUGAGGAGAAGGAGAAGAAGACUCGAUCACAAAUGAAAUUGAAUUCCUUCUUUACUAAACCACCGGCACCUUCCGCUUCAUCGGGGCAGGUGAUCAUCGCUCCUUCUCCUAAGAAGGCAUCCACCACGGUCGAUCCCGCUCGCGAAACUCGUGUCGUGCAGUCGGAUUAUGAGCGAGAGUUUCCUGCCUUCUUCCUACAAUCCCAUACCGUUGUGGCACCUCCUCAUCGGUUUGAGCGUGAUUCCGAUGCGCUCAAGCACGUACGCGAAUCUAUCGAUAGAAGUCUACGCAACGAAACCUCAAUCCAAACACAUCCUUUUCGCCCGUCAGAAGUCUUCCAGAUAUUCCCGUUCCGUCGUGGGCGUCAGCCAACAAGCUCUGUCAGGGACAUACUAUUGCAACUACAAAUAUCUGAAGACCCAACUCAGCCUACUCACAACCAGACCACAAUGCCAUCUCGGAGGCCACAAGAACUUCUACGCGAGGUCACGAUGAAGUCCCUCAAAUUUGGCGAGGACAUCCGCCCUCCCUAUCAAGGAACUUACACCCGUCGCGUGUCCGAGCUAUCAACGAGAAGACUUGCGCGAAAUCCCUAUCACCGAGGGCUGCCGGAUACCGAUUAUGAUUAUGAUUCUGAGGCGGAGUGGGAGGAACCCGAAGAGGGUGAAGAGCUGGACUCUGAAGAAGAAGAUGAAGGCAGUGAUGAGGGCGAAGAUGAUCUCGAGGGUUUCCUAGAUGACGAGGAUGAUGCGCUUGCCGAGGGUAAACGUCGUCUCAUUGUUGGCGAUUUAGAGCCUGUCUCUACUGGAAUCAAGUGGACUGCCAAUGGAGUCGAGCCGGAAAUGGAGGUCUAUCGGAUGCAGUCUAUAACCGAUGCGGUUAAAUUCCCUAUCGACCCAUUCUCCACUGCAUACUGGGAUAAACCCAAGCCCGUGGAUCCAGUACCUGCGAAAGCGCGACCCGCGACAGCCAUAGACGGCUUCCUUAUUCCUGCAGUCCCUAAAACAGUGGCGGCGGGCAGUGCUUUACCUGCCACAUCGAAAGCGAAACGGCCAUUCCCGCCAGACCAACUCGCUGAAUUCAAGGAAGCAGUUGAAGGUAGUGAUCUCAGUAAGAUUGGGUUGGUUGAGAUCUUGAAGAAACGGUUGGUUAUAAUGUCCGCUUCUAUUGGAGCAUAUGCUAAUCCGGAUGGAUCUAGAUUCCCCAAGGUGUCCAAGGAUACACUCAAGGCCACCCUUGAUCAGGUUGCCGCUCGUGUGGGGCAAAAAGAAGUUGACAAGAAAUGGGUCUGUCGGUGA